AUUCCGCUGAUAGAAGAGGACUGGUUACUCCCCCCAAAGACCUUCCAGUGUUGAAUGGGGGGAGAACGCUUAGAGGGAUCAUUUAGGAUAUUCAAAACAUGGCGAUUGUCUGGACAGCGUUCCUACUACUGUUCAAUAUCUCUCCAGCAUUCAGUCUGAAGUGUUUACAAUGUGUUGGUACCGCUGCCUCGUGCCCCAUGUUGGUGAAGACCUGCCCUUCUUAUGAGACUUCCUGCUUUGCUCUGGCCUACAAAGGGGUUCAAGGUUCUUCGACUGUUGAUACGGUGAUUAAAGGCUGUUCCACUCCUCAGAUCUGCAAUCAAACUUCAAUCAUUGACGCGGGAGUUCAGUCGGUCACCAUGAGUUCAUCUUGCUGCGAGAAAAAUUUCUGUAAUAUUAACCGCUUCAACACGCUACCUGUAUUUUCUAACCGUCUGGAGUGUAGCACAUGUGCGGACCCAACCAAACCGUGCAAAAGUGCAGAUACCAGCAUAUUUUGUGACGAAGUCAACAGUUAUUGCGUGGAUGUGGUUACCAGUAAUUACACUAAUGGGAAAAUCAGUGGAACGAUGUACUCGAAAGGCUGCGGAUCUGGAGAGGGAUGUAACACACUAUUUUCGUAUAACACCGGGUCGUUUCAGCAUUACACACAGUUCAGUUGUUGCAAUUCAAAUAAUAAAUGCAAUAAUAUUCAAAAGUCUGUUACUGUUCUGACCAACGACAACGGCAUUAAAUGCUGGGGCUGCCAAGAAACCGGAAAGGGAGAGUGUGCAACACAGAACCAGACUCUGGUCAGUUGCACAGGGCUUCAGAUCCGAUGUAUGGAAGCAUUUGAUGAAAGAAACCAGACGUGGUUUAAAGGCUGCAGUACUGUGAGCUUCUGCUCUUCAACUUACCCUUACCUCAAUACCCUUCCCAGCAUCUCGGGGAUAGAGUGCUGUGCUGGUAGUUUGUGCAAUAACUUCUCAAGGAUAUAUGACACCACAAACACAACUGUCAGCCACGCUCACAGGACCAACACAGACUUCAGGUUAUUAAUUUUCCUCGCCAGCUUCCUCUUUGCUACAUUUGGACAUUUUCACUAAACGCCCCCCCCCCCCCCAGGAACAUUUAUUUGUACAGAAGACUUUUUAUUUAUAUUAUUAGACAGUAGGUAGGAACAACAAGGAUCUAGUUCAGAGAUGAUUGAAUACCUACUGCUCUCCAAACUCUUGGGUCAGUAUAAAUCCUUAAGCCUGGUUAAUGGGACAAUAUUCUGAAUGAUGCAAGCUUCACCCAUUCCCAAGUCUCUUUCGUUUCUACGACGCGGUGUCAUAUCGUCCAUAAAGUUCCUGAAUAAAUGGAUCUA